CCUAAGUGUAAAAACUGCUCCUCCACAGCCAACGGUGAAGGUAACGACCUCAAGCACAAUGCGUUCAGUAGUGAGUGUCCCGAAAGAAUGAAAUGGGAUGCUAUAGCACGGUCUCGAAUAUCCUACUGCUAAAGGCUCCUCACAGAUGCAAAACUCAUCCCCCCAAAGUGUCAAUCAACGUAACAAUGAAUUAAACGUAAUUCAAGUGAAUCUGCAUAGGUCUAAACUGGCAACCGCAGAACUAUACCAGGUGGCAAUGGAGACAAAAGUUUCAAUAGCUCUUGUUCAAGAACCCUACGUGGGAAAACAUGGCUAUAUGAAACAACAGCCAGGAACACGCCUUAUCCAGUGUACCCUAAACCGACAAAAGCCAGUAAAGGCAGCCAUCAUCGUCUUCGGCGACUUGCUAGAGGUAAUCCACGAUCCACAGCUGGUGACAGAAACCGAAGCAGCAGCCGUGGCGAUCGGAGGGGGGACAAAACUGGGCCUGGUAUCAGUUUACUUUGAGGGGGAUCAGGACAUAGAUCCAUACAUUGAAAGGACUAAAACAUUCUGCGAAAAAUUGAACACGCGAAACCUCAUUGUAGCAGGCGACGUUAACGCAUGGAGUCACUGGUGGGGAAGCGUCUCGGAAAAUGACAGAGGGGUGGCGUACAGCUCAUUCCUAACAGAAAUUGACCUCCAAAUUCUCAACACAGGAGACACACCAACCUUCGAAACCUACAGAAAUGGAAAAAUCUGCAAAAGUACGGUAGAUGUCACCGCCUGUAGCACGUCACUUCUGGGUAAGAUCGAGGACUGGAAAGUCGACGCAAACUUAAUAACUUCUGACCACAACGCAAUCACCUUUACACUGCGAACGGGAAAGGCACUAGAACACCUAAAGCCAAUCACAACGCGUAUGUAUAAUACCAAAAAGGCGAACUGGUCGAAAUUUGCGUCAAAACUAAAAUCCCUCCUGGUUGAGAAAAAUAUCACAACCACGUCCGUACAAGAGUGUGACAAUCCAGAAGAUCUUGAAAAUAUGAUCUCAACGUACACUGAAGCCAUCCACGAAGCCUGCGAAACGUCCAUCCCAACCGCAGGAAAAUGGAAAGGGGAACCCAAACCCCCGUGGUGGUCAAAGUCGCUUGAAGAUCUCAAAAAAGAUGUGUUGAGGAAAAAAAGAAGAAUAAGGAAUGCUGCUGCAAGCAGAAUGCCCUAUGUCAUAGCGGAAUACCAAAAAACUAAACAAGAAUACUCCGAAAAAGCCGAGAAAGCCCAAAUAGAGAGCUGGAAGGAGUUCUGCACGACUCAGGAAAAAGAAAGCAUGUGGGACAAAAUCUACAGGGUGAUAAAGAAAACCUCAGGCAGGCAGGAAGACAUGCUCCUCAGAGACACUGCGGGCAACACUUUAUCCCCACAACAGUCAGCAGAACUCCUAGCAACGACGUUUUACCCAGAUGACUCCGAAAGCACCGACCAACCAUUCCAUGCGGAACUGAGAGAAAAAACCAAGGAAAUACCACGGGAACAUCUAAGAGAUAACGACCCACCCUUUACAACUGUGGAACUCGACCUUGUGCUACAAGCAAUGAACCCAAAAAAAGCCCCAGGACCCGAUGGCUUCACUGCCGAUAUCUGUGGCGCAGCCAUCCAGUGCGAGAGGGAGGUGUUUAUGGCGAUAGCCAAUAAAUGCUUAUCAUUUAGACACUUCCCAUCGCAAUGGAAAACGGCGCACGUGGUGAUCUUGCGGAAAGCUAGCAAAGAGGACUACACGCACCCAAAAUCCUACAGACCUAUAGGGCUACUCUCAGUUCUCGGAAAAAUAGUUGAAAAACUAAUGGUCGCUCGCCUACAGUGGCAUAUCUUACCGACGCUCAACAAAAACCAGUACGGCUUUAUGCCCCAGAGAGGUACCGAGGACGCUCUCUAUGACCUUGUAGCACACCUAAGAGAGGGAAUGAACACCAAAAAAUUUGUUGUACUUAUCUCCUUGGACAUAGAGGGCGCCUUCGACAACGCAUGGUGGCCCGCUUUAAAACAUCAACUGGCAAAAAAAAGGUGCCCACAAAAUCUGUACGAGAUGGUAUGCUCAUAUCUCAGUGACCGAAAGAUCAAGGUCAACUACGCUCGAGCGGCAUGUGAGAAGGGGACCACUAAGGGAUGUGUCCAAGGCUCCAUAGGAGGACCAACUUUCUGGAACAUCAUCCUCGACUCACUGUUGCACAAACUAGAGGCUGAAGGAGUGUAUUGUCAAGCAUUCGCAGAUGACGUGGCCCUUGUCUUCACAGGUCUAGCAGUAAAAACCCUAGAGGUGUCGGCUAACAAAGUACUCGAUAAAAUAGUGGAAUGGGGAACUCGCAACAAACUCAACUUUGCACCACAUAAGACCAACGCGAUGCUGUUAACGAAGAAGUUGAAAUACGAUUUGCCCCAACUAUUCAUGGCUGGUACAAAGAUAAACCUCGUAGAGGAAAUAAAACUGUUGGGCCUCAUCAUAGACCGCAGGUUAACUUUCAAAGCUCACAUAACCGCUCAGUGUAAAAAGGCAGCAGACAUUCACAAACAGCUAGCGCGCGCAGCGAAGGUAACCUGGGGACUAAACGGUGAAAUUGUGAGGACAAUCUACAUCGCAGUAGUGGAGCCCAUCAUGACAUACGCCGCAAGCGUCUGGUCACAAGCCGUCGAACUGGAAAGUAACAAAAAACAACUUUUCUCGCUACAAAGAGGUUUCGCACAAAAAAUAUGUAAAGCCUACCGAACAGUGUCGCUCACAUCUGCACUGGCACUGUCGGGCUUGCUGCCUCUCGAUCUCAGAAUACAGGAGGCAGCAAAUCUGUACAAAUCAAAAAAACUCUUGUCAGCUGACUACCUCCCACCUGGCAAAGAUCUCGAACGGAAUGUAGGGUACUUGGACUUACCACAUCCGUCCACACUUACCUCUACCAAGUACGAGAUCCUUGAAAACACCACCCUGCUGGACACCGGCUCCCAAAUCUUCACGGAUGGAAGCAAGAUAGAGGGAAAAGUCGGCGCCGCCCUAAGUUGGUGGGAGGAUGGCAAAGAAAAACUGUCCGAGACUUUUGGUCUCCACCCAUCGUGCACGGUCUUCCAAUCGGAACUUUAUGCACUUCACAGGGCAACAAAACUGGUGAGCUCUAGCACGGAUAAAAAAGUGAACAUCUUGAGCGACUCGAGAUCAUCACUCGAUCUGCUCCAAAAUCCGAAACUCAGCCACCCCCUGGCAAGAAGCAUAAAGGAAAACAUUGCGAGGGCUGUGAGCGAUGGCGGAGAGAUACAAAUGUUCUGGUUGAGGGCGCACGUAGGAACUGCCGGGAACGAAAGAGCUGAUGAGCUCGCCAAAACAGCAGCACUACACAGCACCUCCCACGACUAUGACAAAGUCCCCCUGUCCUAUGUCAGAAAAAAGAUCAGAGAGGAAUCGGUCCGAAAAUGGCAAGAUCGAUACGCGACCUCGAGUACAGGAGCAGUCACGCGUAAAUUUCUACCGGAUGUCAACCAAGCAUACCGAAUUACGCGAACUUCUAAAUUGACCCCCGCUCACGUACAAAUGCUGACCGGACACGGGGGGAUAGGAGAAUAUUUGUACAGAUUCAAACUUAAAGGAAGCCCUGGAUGUGAUUGCGACCCCAACAUCAGUGAAUCGGUAUGGCACAUCAUUCUGGACUGCCCGCGUUUUCUUGCUGCAAGACAUGAUCUGGAGACACUGAUAGACAGGAACUUGGUGGAGUCGGAAUUAAAAGAUAUUCUGGCAGACACCAAUCACAGACCUCAUUUCCUAUCAUACGCAGAUCGAAUCUUCCGAGUAGCAGCAAGGAGAAACAGCACAAUUUCUCGCCCUGAAGCCCAAUCAACAUCAACAUCAGUAGUCCAAUCAUCAAACCCGACCAUCUCAGCACCACAACAAGUGACUCCAAAAGCAACAGCGACAAACCAGCUGUUGUCUUGUGGCGAAAAAGGAGAAGCCGGACUAAGACGCCGAAGUGUGGCUCUGUUCAUGGACAGUAGCAGCGAAAGACUCGGCAUCAGCUUCUGCGUCUCGGGGGCGCGAAAGCGUGUAGCCAUAUCACCCGGCCUAGCCUCUCUCCUAAAUGGAAGCACAUCCAAAGCUACCAUGAAACGUAAAGCCUAUGACGCACUGCCGGUAACACUAGUGGGAGAUCAGUCCUGCAGACUAGUACGAUGCCGUAACAAGACCAUCGCACUAUUGGAAUGGGCCGAUGACACCCCGUUUGUCCAGGCAUGCUCAUGGCUCACUAUGCUUGGAGAGAGAGCACAAGAUAGUAACGUCCCCAAGAUAAUAAGCGUAGACGCAAUGGUGAUCGAGCAUAAGAAAGGUGAAAUUGUUGACCAGCUGGGCUGCCUAAAAGCCUCAAAACAACACGAAAUAGUUGUGUAUGAGGACAGAGGUGAAGACCUAAGCUUUCUCAGUGGACACAUACCCGUGAGGAACAACAACCACCAACAAACUGAAGCGGUCACCGGAUCAGAACGCCUACAGGAGAGGAUGGCUUCCGAGUCCGUCGCUGCUGCUGAACAGCAGGAAAUAAAUAUGAGGAUGCAGAGCAGAAUCUCGCAGGGGCGCGCACAAGGGUUCCUUCAGGCAUUCAAAUCAGCUGCCCAAAGCCUUAUGGGGAAACCACAGAGGACACCUGAGUGGCGCCAAAUCCCCAAAGGCCCCAUCCGAAAAAGAACGGCCCAAAGAACCAUAACAAGAGCCGACAUGGGUCAGGUGGUCCCACCGAAGCUAAAAACAGCAACCUCCCCUAAAGAGCAUUUGGAGAAUGCCGUCAUAGAAUUUGUGGCAAUAACAACCGCCACAAAGCAGGUAAACCUCUUGUCCUGCAAAACCAUCAUGCAGACCUACAGGCAAGAAAACGAAGGCCGGCUAAAAAUUCUACUCGAGGAGGCCGAAGCCUGCAUAUACGAUAACAGUAGUUGCCAAGUCCUCAGAGGCAAAAUGACUGGAGCGUAUAUGGCGGCUUACAGCGAGGAAAGCGGAUUUGUACCCUGGGAAUGCAACUCCUCAAAAUUUACUGUCCCACACAACAACCAAAUAGUGGUCGUCGCCCAGUGCACCAGGAUUAUGCUAGAGGAUAAAAUCCUAGCAAAAGUGGAAACCAUCAACGCCAACUGGAAUCACUGGACGAUGCCCACUAUCACUUGGGUGAACGGGGUACCUGGAUGUGGGAAGACAACCUGGGUGAUAAAUAACUUCGAUGUGAGCAAAGACACCAUUAUCACAACAACAACUGAGGCGGCCAUCGACAUAAGAAACAGGCUAGCGCAUCGUAUUGGUGACAUGGUCAGAACUAGGGUGCGUACGAUGGCAUCAGUCCUGGUAAACGGCUUUAGAGAACAUGUCGGAUGCCAACGCCUGAUAAUUGACGAAGCCCUGAUGAACCAUUUCGGGGCAAUCGUAAUGGCCGCCCACCUGUCUCGUGCCUGUGAUAUUGCUCUGAUCGGAGACAUCAAUCAGCUACCAUAUAUCGACAGAGAGAACCUAUUCGAGCUUAGGUACAAUCGCCCAACACUGGUAGCAAACAUCACCCAGGAGCUGUUGUGCUCAUACAGAAACCCCAUGGAUGUUGCAUACGCCCUAAAGGAAGUAUACUCAGGCAUAUACGCAGCCACAGCGCGCAUCCAAUCCCUGCAGCUGAAAAGGUUAACAGACGCAGUAAUUCCCAAAUCCCAAACCAACACUCUGUUCCUGGUGCAUACACAGGAAGAAAAAGAGACCUUGACCAGCCAAGGGUAUGGUGAAGGAAUGGGCUCACGCGUCCUAACCAUACACGAAGCACAGGGAUUGACGUACGAAUCCGUUAUUAUCAUUAGAACAAAAGAUAAAAUAAAGCUGCAUGAUAGCGUACCUCACGCAGUAGUGGCGCUGUCGAGGCACACCACCACCUGGCGGAAACGGAAAUCACUAAUAUUACCACAAUUCUUCGCGCCAAAUUUUUAUGUUUCACAGACCACUUAA